AUGACACGUCAGAAUAGAAGAGGAAAUCGUUUUCGCGGUCACAACUAUGACUCGAACUAUAGCAACUUUGGUUCAUCACACAAUAAUGAUGGUUUUGUGGAGAACGCGGAACCUGACUACGCUUCCACUUCGGUAAGUACCAACACCGGUGGAAAUCCCGGUGGUGGUCAAAAUUCGAGAAAUAAUGGUGGUCGAAAUUCGAGAAAUUCGGGAAAUCAGAGUGGUAAUAACCGAAGUUUUGUUGGUCAAAAUCAUCAAAAUCAACGGAAAUGGGAGCUGAACGAUGACAUCAGAUUGGUCAAAUACGUUUGUGAAAACUUCGAUAGUUUUCGUCAAGACAGGCGUAGUUUCUGGCAGCAUUUGAGUAACCUUAGCGAAAAAGUGUUUACAAUACGUCGUAAACCGGAUACUUUAAAAAGCAGGCUUCAAAAUUUGCUCGUACAAUAUAAUCAAAAAAUUCAUUUGUUUGAUUUAAUUGAAACAUUUCUUGAUUUGAAUACAAGCGAUAAUCGUUUCAUAGAAUCAAAUGAUGCCAACACGCUUGAGCAGACGUCCACGUGUGAAGUCGAUACGGAUCAACGAAAAUUAGUCGAAAUUCCAAACCAACCUUUAGUCAGCCCUUCAGAUGUUAAGACUUUCGAUGCUAUAAAAGAUUCUGGUAAAUCUAUGAAAGAGGAAAUUUCAUCUUCUGCAGCUAUACGUGAACCUUGUGUAAAAGAUGUGGAAAUCGAAGCUACCACAUCAUCGUCACCUAAUCUUGACCCAGCGACACGACAUAUAACCGAUUUUAAUAAAAGUGCUGCGCAAGAGUUUAAUGCUACCGUAAACGAAUUAUUCAUUCCAACAACGAGAAAUGGAUUAUCCCAAUCUGAGAGUGUUAAUAUUCUAUUUGCCCCGUCCGAAUUUUCGACGAAUGACCCAUCAAAAUUAGCGGGAGAAAAUUGUUUAUUUCCGUCUGCUUCCGAUUCAACGAUGUUUACGUCAGAUCAAGACUCUAACGAAUCUGGAAAAUUUCGCGUUUUAUUAUCACCAACCUCUGAUUUAUUGACCCGGAAACUAGCUGAAUCUGGAAUAGCCAAAGUGAUCUUGCCACCCAUUCAAGAAUCGAUGAACCAUAUGCCUGAUGAUUUUUCUAGUGAGAUGACUGUCACAGACGCGCUUUCUCACAAUAUAGAUACAGAUUUGAGGGUACAUACAUCAACCGACUCCCGUCAAUCCCCAUCUGCUCAGGAAACGAAGGUCCCAUUUCAUACCUCAAAUGAGAAAAGAUCACUUUCCGCACCCCCUUCAAUAUCAAACCAGUCAUCUCCGGAACUGAAAGAGUCUUCAUUGUCACCAUUACGCCACGAUGUUUCGACCAGAAAAGAAUUGUCUCUCGAGCCUUCGGAACACCUGGUUUCAGGACCCAUAACAUCUACCUAUUUUCAAGAUCAACGGUCAGGUUCUGUCGUAAAAUCGUCGGCCUCCUUAACCGUCUACAACGCAAAUUCAUCCUUGACACCUAAUUCGGGAUUAGAAAACUUUAAUCAAAUUGUAGAAAACAUCAGGCAACAAAUAAUUGUCGCACAGAGUCUCUUCAACAGGGAAAAAGCGCGCACGGAAAUCCACGCGAAAAACUUGGAUUCUGUUAUCCAGCUCUUUGCACAAUUGGAAGAUCAAUUACAAAAGGUGUAA